AUGGGAGGGCCCUGGGCCAUACUGGUCACGCUCUGGCCGCUGGGGGCCGCUGGGGCCGCGGCACUUCGCAUCGGAGCCUUCAACAUUCAGAGCUUCGGUGACAGCAAAGUAUCGGACUCGACCUGCAGCAGCGUCAUCGCACAGAUCCUAGCUGGCUAUGACAUCACGCUGGUGCAGGAGGUCCGAGACCCAGACUUGAGCGCCGUGAAGGCGCUCAUGGAGCAGAUUAACAGCGUGUCCAAGCACAAGUACAGUUUCGUGAGCAGCGAGCCCCUGGGCCGGGACCAUUACAAGGAAAUGUACCUGUUUGUGUACAGGAAGGACGCAGUGUCUGUCGUGGACACUUACCACUACCCGGACCGGGAGGAUGCCUUCAGUCGUGAACCAUUCGUGGUCAAGUUCUCCGCGCCCGGCUCUGGUGAGGUGGGGUCUGGGCAAGCUCCUCCCCUCCCCGCCGAGUCCGCCCCUCCCCACCUGCAGUCUCUGACUCCGCGUCUCGCAGCCGCCGGGGAGUUGGUUCUGGUGCCCCUGCACGCGGCGCCGCACCACGCCGUGGCGGAGAUCGACGCUCUCUACGACGUGUACCUGGACGUGAUCGACAAAUGGGGCACCGAUGACAUCCUAUUUCUGGGGGACUUCAACGCCGACUGCAGCUACGUGCGGGAGCAGGACUGGUCCGCCAUUCGCCUGCGCAGCAGCCACAUCUUCAAGUGGCUCAUCCCGGACAGCGCCGACACCACGGUGGGCAACUCCGACUGCGCUUAUGACCGCAUCGUGGCCUGCGGUGCGCGCUUGCGCAGGAGCCUGAAGCCGCAGUCUGCUGUAGUGCACGACUUCCAGGAGGAGUUUGGUCUGGACCAGGAGCAGGCUCUCGCUGUCAGUGACCACUUCCCUGUGGAGGUGACCCUCAAGUCCAAAUGAUACCCGCAGUCCAGCCAGCUGCAGGACUGAACUCCGCCCCUUGGCAUGGCCCAUCUUGGGGUAGCAACCCUCAGAGAGGCUGCACCCAGGUUUUGCCAGGCUGGGGUGCCAGCACCCACACCUUUCCUUGGUCUGGACAAGUGACCAUGGACAUGUAUGUAACUGGGAGCUCCAAGCCUCAGCUUUCCCAUUUGUAAAAUGUGUUGUCUACCUCUGAGGGCUGCUGGCAGAAGCCCAGUGUACAUGCUCAAUAAAUGCGCUGCUCCCUGUGGAGC